GAACAAAUUCGUAAGGCUCUCAAGAACAGGUUGCUGGCUACACCUAUCUUGAAAGCAAUGUUCUUAAGAGCCUUACGAAUUUGUUCCCCAGAUUUCCUGGAAAAAGAAUUUGAACUAAUUCGCAAACAACUUUCGUUGCUGGUUUCGUACCCCUUCACAUCAAUAUUCUGGAUCUCAAGGUGGUAUAUCAACAAUACAACUGUACAGUAUUGGUGCAGGUCAACAAGCAGACGAAUUACAUUCUCUUCUGCUACACAUGUUGGUGGUGCAGGUUCACGAGUGGUAAAUCCUGGGGAACCAGAACAGAGCGGCAGACGUGCUCCGUGUGCCAGGGGCGGUAAUAGGAGAGGCUUUACAACACCCAUGGGACAAUCUCCAAGGCCUACACUUUUCCUCCAUUUUGUCUGAUUCAUUGGGUGAUCAACAGGGUCAUGAUCACCUCUAAUCUCAUGAUGACCCUGCUAGCUCCCAAGUGGCCAUAUGCCGAGUGGUAUCUGGACCUGCUAGCUCUACUUUCCUGGGUACCAGAGAGAUUCCCCCUUGGCACAACCUGCUGUACCAGCCGCUCAUAGAGAGGUAUCGCCAGGCUGUGAGAGAACUGUCACUUCAUGCCUGGAGACUAUCCACCAUCUCCUGUGAGCUAGAGGUUUUUCCUCGUCACACAAUGACCAAGCUUUCUGGAUACCUUUGUAAAUCUUCAGCGGCUGUGUACUAGGGGAAAUGGGUCGUCUUCUGUGAAUGGUGUCAUUGAUGGGAUAUCUCUCUGGUUGGAUCUCCUCUUCAGCAGGUAGCAGACUUUCUUGUCUUUCUUCACUGUCACAGCUGUCAGGAGCUACAGAGCUGCUUGGAUUAAUCCUUUGCUUAAAGAGUGUCGAUUUCUCUUUCUUGUGGAGAUCUCCAUGCUGUUGAGAAGCUUCAAACAGUUUUGCCCUCCCUGGGAAUUCAGUCCCCCUGAGUGGGAUGUGACUCUUGCCUUACAGAGCCUGACUUGUGCACCCUAGCCUUUACAAGAGUCGUCAGACAGGGAUCUGACCUUCAAGAUUGUGUUCUUGCUUACCCUGGCAUUGACAAAGAGAUUUUGUGAACAUCGUGGACUUUCCUUCGAUGUUGAACACUUGAAGGGAUGAGGAUCUGUCACGCUCUAGUUCAGGGGUUCUCAAACUCCUUAACUCCUCGACCCCAAUGAAGUUUUAAUUUUUCUAUCGACCCCCUAGACUAGCAUUAAAUAAUUCAAAAAAAGAAAAAAGAAAAAUACACUAAUGUCAAAUCCAAUUUGAGAAUUAUUAGUUUAGUACUUGACAUGCAGUAUGAUAAAAAUAUAACUCCUUGUAAGAAAAUAUAUUCAGAACUUUAGAUAUAUGAGUAUAUGUAAUGUAAUUCGCUGACCCGUUAGUUAUUCAUCGACCCUUUUGACCCCCUGACUAUUCAUCGACCCGGUCCUAUUGACCCUUGGGGGUCGAUAUCGACCACUUUGAGAACCCCUGCUCUAGUUUGUCCCAGAAUUCGUAGCAAAGACUCAGAAUCCGUCGGUCCCUGACACCAGAUUCAAGUUCUUUUUUAUCCCCUUCAUAGAGGACUUUGCUGGUAGUGAUCAAGACAAUAUGCUACUGUGUCCAGUUCGAGUGUUGUGGUGCUAUCUAAAGAGGUUUUGACAUCUCCGUCCUCAAUGUCGAUGACGCUUUGUUAGUACUGGCUCGACCAAGGAAGAGGAGUCCAAGAAAAUGGUUUCUUUCUGGAGUCGUGAGAAAAUCAAGGGAGCAUACUCUACUUCUGACAAGGUGGAUAAGAGUACUUUCUGAGUAAGAGCUUAGAGGGUUGGGGGCAUGGUCUGCCCCUCGUAUUCUGGAAGAACCUGUCGGUUCUAAUAGUACUAAGAGUGGGAGUUUGUUCAUGAAAGACUACAUUCACAUCCCUCUACCUUCGGGACGUUGCCCAUGGGUCCAUGGACACAUUUUCCUUCCUGUGGUGGCUGCUCAACAACUUGUGUAGCUCACCCAGCUCCCCUAGAGGGACAGGUAGCAUCUCGCCUAAGGUGUUCUGAGUUACAAAGAGAGAGUGUGAGUGAGUGACUGGCCUCCUCCUCCCUUUCUCUUUUUAUACCCUUCCUCGCCUGUAGGGCAGAGGGAAGGUUGGCAAACCAUUACAUGCUAAAUGGGUGUGUGAUGCAGGUGAGCUACAUAACUAAGUACUGUGCCCUGUCUAUAAUCUAGAAUUCUGUAGAUUAAUAGAUGAAUGUCCAUCCCCUCUCUCUAGCAAAGGGAGAGAGGGACUGACAAAAAACCAAAACACUAUAGGUUCCUCAAAAACCUUUUUGAAUCAAUGAAGCUUACAUUACAUGCCCAUUAAUUUGAAAGGCCUAGAAGUCUGACAGCUGACAUAACAUAAGUUCAACAUGUCAGAUGCACGGGACUCCUUCCUCUGCUCUACAUGACUAGGAAGGAGGCCCUGGUGAAUUGAGGUACCAGUUACUUCAGAGAUUUACUCAGAAUCCUUCCACCAACAAGUAAUUCUCCAUAUGUAAAGACCGUAGGAUUCUAUUUGUUUAGGAACAAUUGCACUGCAAUUAUAGCCAUAUGUAAAGACCUUCAGGUUUGUAUAUUAGGAAAAAUACAAAGUACUUUAAAAAAUUGUAAUCAUUCCACUUUUGUAGCAUUGAAAACCAAAAAGACUUUUUAAUGUAUUCAUUUUUAUUUAUGUAUGCAUACAUUCAUGUAGAUUUUGGUAGGGCUGGAGUUAAAUGUGAAUAUAUUGCCAAGUCGCAAGCCAUGCAUAUGCAGAUACACUAAUCGAGGAAAUGCUGUAAUAUGAAAUUUUCAUAGGUAUGCAAACCAAAACCUUAUAUCAUCUACCAUCACAGCCUCCCCUCUUUGUUCAUCAAGCCAAAACAAGAAGUGUUCAUUGAUGUCAUAUGAGUGAGGGGAAUUCCCUUGCUCACUCUUCUUAACCACCAGUUAACCCAUUUCCAACAUGCACUGAAAGAUACUCCUUCAUAAAAAGCUCUGAUUCGUUUAGUUCUGAAAACAAUGUCAUAUUUUAAGAAAUGUAGCAGCACAUAACUUCCAAGACCGUCAUCAGUGUUGCUGGUCAUAAUUGCUAAUCUUGUAUUGUAUCCACAAUAACAAUCAGUGGAACUAAUUUGAAAACUUUCAUCUCUUCAAAUUACUACUCAAUUGACCCUUACUAUUUUUUUUAUUAUUAUUAUCUGCUGCAUCUGUGGAUAAUAUGGUGUUAUGUAUAGCUGGAUCACAUAUAAUUAAGCAUUUGCUGUGUACUGUGCCCUUCCUGCUGUUACCCCACAAAACUCUUAUGCUGGUCUCUAGCAUUUGCUAUUCUUGGCUUUUGAUUUGUUGAUAAGAUAUGUUCAUAAGCAAUUUGUAUUGUAAUGUCAAGCUAAGAAGGUUUACAGAUGUGAGGUGGUGGGCAUCAAUAUUAACUGUCAAUCUAUUGUUGCAUUGUUGCCUCAGGAAUGUUUUGAUGCUGUGUCUGGACAACAUUUGGUAGGAUUGUAUUCAUGUUUGGAUAGAACAAUCAAAUGCAUGCUUUGUUAAUCGGCCUGAGACCUUUAUGGGAACCUGAAUUGAAUUUGAUUUAUUAUUUUGCCGCUUCAGUUCUGGCAUUAUGUUUCCUAACUCUGUGUUGCAUUGUUUGAUUUCAGAUUCUCCCUCAGAAGAACCUUCCUACCUUCGACAGUUUUGAUUAGCAUCAGGACUUUGGGAAUGCAUGUUGUUUAUUCGUACUACAUGGAAUAUUACUAAUAGCAACUCUUAAAGUGUAUGAGACAACAGUGAAUUAUUGUACGUGUAUUUAACAAAUUUAAACAACAAGUAAAAUUUGUAUUGAAUAUUAGAUUCAUACAUCAGCAGUGACAUCGGGUUGUAGUCCUUCAAGUUAUUGUACUUAAUUUUUAACAGAUUUAUUCGGUAAUUAUUUGUAAACAAUUGUGUGUUAAGAGUUGUGAAUUGAACACAUUGUCAUUACGGAACAGGACAGGAAAAAAGGCUAAAAUGAAUCCAGGACAUUCUUUAGAAUUUCCUUUGAAAAGUGAAACUGAAGGUGCAUUAUCACUACCUUCCAUAAAUCAAGAAAACAGCAACUUGGCUGCCUUUAGUGGAACCAGUGAUGAAGACUUUUUGUCUCUGGAUCCAUUGAUGGACAUCAAAAUAGAGCCAGAGGAAUUCUGUGAGUCUAAUGAAGAUGAUAAAUAUUCAUAUAAAAUUAAUUCAACAGUGAGUGAAAAACAUCCACAAACUUGCAAAAUGGAAGUAAAACAAGAAAGAAGAAAUAGUCACAAUGGAGAGAAGCUUUUCAGAUCAACUGACUGUGGGAAAGCAUUUUAUAAGAAAAUUAAUCUUACAAAUGAUAUCACAAAUCCUACCAGAGAGAAAUUCAUGUGCAAUGACUGUGGGAAAGCAUUGUCCCAGAAACAUCAUCUUAUAGUUCAUAUGAGAGUCCACACUGGAGAGAAGCCAUUCAUGUGCAACGAAUGUGAGAAAGCAUUUUCCCAGAAAUCAAAUCUUACACUUCAUAUGAGAUUGCAUACUGGAGAGAAACCAUUUAUGUGCAAAGAAUGUGGGAAAUCAUUUUCCCAGAAAUCAAGUCUUAUACAUCAUAUGAGAUUUCAUACUGGAGAGAAGCCAUAUAUGUGCAACGAAUGUGGGAAAGCAUUUCCCCAGAAAUCUAGUCUUAUACAUCAUAUGAGAUUUCAUACUGGAGAAAAGCCAUAUAUGUGCAACGAAUGUGGGAAAUCAUUUCCCAAGAAAUCAAAUCUUACAAGACAUAUGAGAAUCCAUACGGGAGAGAAGCUAUUCAUAUGCAAGGAAUGUGGGAAAUCAUUUUCACAGAAAUCAGGUAUUACAGUUCAUAUGAGAAUCCACACUGGAGAGAAACCAUUCAUAUGCAAGGAAUGUGGGAAAGCAUUUUCCAAGAAAUCAAAUCUUACACUUCAUAUGAGAAUCCACACUGGAGAGAAUCCAUUUAUAUGCAACGAGUGUGGGAAAGCAUUUUCCCAGAAACCAAGUCUUACACUUCAUAUGAGAAUCCAUACUGGAGAGAAGCCAUAUAUAUGCAAGGAAUGUGGGAAAGCAUUUUCCCACAAACAGAGUCUUACACGUCAUAUGAGGUUGCAUACUGGAGAGGAAAAAGAAACAACAUGAUAAAAUAAACCAGUUAAGGCAGAGAUCUCUCAAAUGACCAACUAUAUGAGAGAUCAAAAUCACUCACAAAAUCUGCUCAAGAAAAUAAGGUAAAUAACGAAAAAAUACACCAAUUCUCAAAUGACACCUGCAUGGAAUUUCGGUUGGACAAGAGUGCCACGAGUACAAUAAAGAGAGGGAAGAGAGUAACAUCAGAAGGUAUAAAGGUAGAGGAAGGCAUAUCUGUUGAAGACCAGGCAGAGGAGUAAUUGGGAAUAGAAGAAAUCACUGGUAUAGAACACAAGAAAGUGAGAGAAAAGAUAAAGAAAGAAUACAUCAGCCACUUAAAGAAUUAACACCAAAGAACACGAUCACUGUCAUAAACCAGCUAGCAAUACUAUUGGUGACAUGUAGUUUUGGCAUUAUAGAUUGGCCACAAGGUGAGUUAGACAGGAUGGAUAUUAAAAGAUUCUCACCCUACAUUAAGUCACAUACAGAGACCAGUGUAUGGACAUAAUAUACCUCCCUCACAGAGAAGGUGGAUUAGGCCUGGCUGAGAUCAACCAGGCCUACAGAGCAGCAAUAAUAGGUCAAGGGUAGUACUUAAAAAGCUCUGAGGAUGAAAACAUCAAAAAGGUUGCCCAACACCAUAAUGGAGCCCUGAGCCAACUAACAUCAAUAACAAAACAGGCUAAGAACUUUGCAGGAGAUCUGCUAGAAGGCAGAGGGUACUGAACAGACUCCAGCAAAAAUGAUAGCCAGGAAGACCAAGCAGAAAUACAGUCACAGAGAGGAGAAACUUAGAAAGGAAAGGUGGAAAGACCAGGGAAGGGCAGGAAGAUUUCAAGAUGAACUGGAAAAAAGUUACAUAGACAAAGAAGAGUCACUCAGAUGGACAAGAAAUGGAGAUCUAGGUUAUGAUAGAGAAAGACUGAUAAUAGGAGCAUAAAGAUCAAGGCCUCCUGACAAACAGCUUCAAGAAAAUGGCGGGUAUAUCAGCAAAUGACCAGUGUAGGUUUUGUCAUGCAGUGGAUGAGAGUGCGAAUCAUCUGAUAUCAGCCUGUCAAACCCUGCUUGCAGAUGGUCACUACACAGCCCGCCACAACAAGAUCUGUAAAUAUAUACAUUGGAAAAUAUGUAAAGAAUAUAGAACUGAAGUGAAAGAAAAAGUGUGGGAGCACACAUCCAAUCACCUCCAACAGGAAGAUAUAUAGAAGGAGGUGCUAUAAGACCUGCUAUUGUCAUCUGGAACAAUGAGGAAUAAACAGCAAAGAUUAUAAAUGUGACAGUACCCAGUGACUUUGGCCUCAAUAGAGCUUAAAGGCAUAAAAUAACAAAAUGCCAAGACCUGAAGAAUGACCUGAAAAGCACAUGGGAACUGAAGGAAAUAGAAAAAAACAAUACCUUUGGUGGUAGGAGCAACAGGACUUAUAAAGAUAAACCGGAGAAAAUAUCUUCAGGUUAUACGAAGUUGCCCAGUAUAAAUGAGGCGCAGAUUGCUGCCUUCAAAGCAGUGGUAAACAGCUUGAAACAAGCCCUUGGAUAUAAGGCUAGUGGAUAUGAAGGUGCAAUCAUAGACCCCAGGCUGGAGCCAAUUGCACCCCUGAUAUAAAUAGAAAAUUAAGAAUAACAUAAGCCAGAGAGAAACCACAUUGUUGCUCUACAUGUCUAAGAAGUUUUUCUCAACCAAGUCCUCUCAAAAGACACGAGAAUUCACACUAGACAGAAACUCUUUACUUGAUCUCUGUCCAAGUAGUUUUUAUUACGUGAUUUUAUUUAACUUGACUCCUGCAUCUGUUUUGAAUGAAGGUGUCUCAACAGGUAUAUGAAAACUCAUGCUAGAAAGAAGUCAUAUCCUGUAUCUGCACUUGGUUUCCAAGAGUUCUUUUUCAUUAGGUUUUUUCAUUAGGUUCAUCUUAGAAUGAAUGUGUUAACUCAGAAGAAAGACGUCAUUCUUCCACACAGUGUAGAAACAGUUUCUCUUUUGUAGAUUCAUAACAUAAGUGAGCACUCAUGGAGGAUAGAUAUUGUUGUUUUACACUGCCUGUUGUACUUUUGUCUUGUAUUCUGCAAAUCACAGUCAUUGGUUCUGAAUGCCAGACUGUUCUUCAGGUGUUAAAAUGCACAAGCAAAGUCACCCAUCAUAGAGGAUGUUCAGUUGCACUGACAGAUUUGUUAAUGUUUUGCACCCCAAAGUAAGUUGCACUUGAUGUGGAGAUAAUUAUUGUGAACUUGUCAGCAAAAUCUAUAGAAAAAAAGGCAACAGCAACCUAAGGGAAGAUAAAAAGAAAAACCAUAUUUAUAUUUUUAUGAUCCAAUUCAUAACCAUCAUCAUUGUUGUUACUCAAAGAAGAGAAGGAGAAUCUGGAGGAGGGUCUGAGUGAAAAUGCAGAUGAAGGCUCUUCAUUUGCAGAGUCUUUAUUAGAAGUCAAGCCAGAGCCAAAGUAUUUUGGCCAGAGUGAAUUUGAUGCAAAAUGGUCGUGUAACCUUUAUGCAAAGGUAAAAUAAAUGACUGUUUUUUUUUUCUUACAAUUGUUUUAAAUGAACACUGUACAGUGCUAGGUUAAGAAACUUUCAUUUGCCUUCUCCACUUUUCUUGUUCCUGUGUAUUUUUUGUAUGAUUUCCAAAUAAAGAAUUAGUAUUGUCUUUGGCUGACACGAAGUUUUCUUCCUUUUGUUAUUCAGCAUUGUGCAUAUAUGCACUUGUAUAUGUAGUUGUAAGCUUGAAUAUUACCAUGAAAUGUUAUUCUUAAUGGAAAUAGAAAGGAUUGAUAUCUUCAUUAAACUUCAAUGAAAUUUUGGUGCAUUUUUUAUAUGAUUAUUUUUUUAUAUGUUUUUGGUUUUAAUCUUCUACAAAGAUUGUGCUACAGCAUUUGUAAGUAAAUCAUAAUUCCUUGUAUCAGCUCACUAAAUACUACAGUGGACUGUAUAGUAUUUUGUUUUAGGUUAACCAGUCUGAAGUGUUUAGACUAGACUAGUUAUGUAAAUGACUAAAAUGAUGUGUUAUUCUGAUUAGAUUAAACCUCUUUUUUUUAUUUCAUUGUCUAAAAAUUGAAAAUAUUGA